UGUAGUCGACGACGAGUCAGAAAAGAAGAAGGAAUGGGGAAAGCAGUGGCGAUGUCUGCGGCGGCGGAGGUUCUGCCGGUGGGGUUCCGCUUCCGGCCGACGGACGAGGAGCUGGUGAGACACUACCUGAAGGGCAAGAUCGCCGGGCACCGGCACCCGGACCUGCUGGUGAUCCCCGACGUGGACCUGUCGAGCUGCGAGCCAUGGGACCUCCCUUCCAAGUCCGUCAUCAAGUCCGACGACCCGGAGUGGUUCUUCUUCGCCCGCCGCGACCGCCCAAAGUACCCCGGCAAGAGCCCCCGCUCCAACCGCUCCACCGCCGCCGGCUACUGGAAGGCCACCGGCAAGGACCGCCUCAUCCGCUCCUCCUCCUCCAACAACAACAAAACCCUCAUCGGCAUCAAGAAGACCCUCGUCUUCCACCGCGGCAGGGCUCCCCGCGGCCUCCGCACCCCAUGGAUCAUCCACGAGUACCGCGCCGCCGAGCCCAGCUUCCAAUCAGGCCGAAACGGUAGCUUCGUUCUCUACCGCCUGUUUAACAAGCAAGACGGCGAGACACCGUCCAAAUCGUCUCGAAGCGACCUGCAGAAUGGCGGUGAUGACCAAGAUAAGGCCACCACCUCCAUGACAUCUGAUUUGAGCCUGCUCACUGCAACCAAACCAACUACUACUGAUCACUCCAUGACCACCAAUCUUAUUACGGCUGUCGACGGUGACAGAGUCUCUCAUGAAGAUGCUUUUCUGGAUGUGUUAACCCAGCUCCCAGACCUACAUGCCGACCAAAGAUACGAUGGAUUCCCUAACAUCAGUUCUCCGAUGCGUCCUUACACAGAUCAUCCUUUCGUUGGCAACAUGGGUGACCAAGACUUCUCGGCAUAUUUUGACAGUAUCAUAGCUGAGCAGAAUAUACAAGACAUGUUGCUUCAUCCAGAUUAUGCCGAGAUGGAUAAGCACCCUGCUGGUAACACCGAGUCCGAUCCCACUGCACUAGUUACAUCGACCGCCAACUCAAACAGCAUGGCACCCCUUGAGGAUAGUUGGAGAGAAGACUAUUAUGAUCAGCGUGCAGAUGACACAGAUGCUACCCGUUGCCUGUCUGCUCUCAGUACACUGCAAUCAGAUACAAGCGGUCAUAAUCAUGAAACAAGACCCCAAACUAACAUUAUGUACGGCGGAGCAAACCUGGCAUCCCAAUGUUAUAGCCAAUGUCAAUUACCACUCGCGCUCGAUCCUCAAACAGAAUCAUCGCACAUUAGUGGAGACUUGUGGAAUCCUUAUGCCCAACACUUGUUGGACUCUAUGUUAGAACCGAGCAGCAGUGACAUGAUAAAUUCAGAGGCCUCCAAUGGACAAGGGGGUUGGGCAGUACCACCUUCAAUGCAGCAGUCUGAAGUUCAAGAUUUCAUUGAUUUGCAGCAAGGGACAGCAGCAAGAAGGGUCCGUCUUGUGUGUGGUGUUCAGAGGGCACCAGCCUCUCAGCUUAUAAUAACUCCUCAUUUGAAAAGUGAAGAUGAAGCUGGAUCAUGUUGUAGCACAGGAAGUUCUUCCAAUAGCCAUGAUGAGGAUUAUGCCAAUGCAGGCUCCCGAACUAUGGCUGGAGAUAUGAUGCAUAUUGAGGACACAGGGCAUAUCCCUACUCAAGUAGCUUCUUUAGUGAAAGUUACAGACAAGCUCCAACAUUUAUCGUUGAGUGAAGACAUGCCGGAACACAUUAAGAUGCCUCGUCGUCAUGGAGCCGGUCUCACACAGAGGCUCAAACAUGAUUCUGCUCAGAGUGUGCACCAAGACCUCCUGCAGAACAGCAACCAUGUGCCUGGAGAGUCAUCUUCAGAAACAACAGGACGAUCAACUGGUUCUGUCGUGCGGUUGCUCUGGCUGGCUCUCCUGGUGAUGGCCCCUUUGCUUGUCUUGGUUGGUGUAUGGAGUUCGCUGAAUUACUGGCAGAUGUAAAUGGUUUGCUGAAUUACUGGCUCGUGUAAAUGGUUCGUCAGUGGUUCGUCAUUGUAGGGUUCACAUUGCUCAUGUAUAUAUAUGUUCUCUGAACUUAAUAUCAGAGCUGUUUUGAAAUGCAGCAAGUCUUACAACUUUUA